AAGCAGCACUGCCCAGCACGUAGGAAGCGGGGCAGCACGAGCGGAACGCCCGCGGGAGCGACCGAGGAGAGGCUCGGACACGCACGGCGCGAACUGACACCGCGGCGUGCGGCUCAGCUCUGAGCAGAGGCAGCCCAAGCCAGAGGCAGCCCCACACACGCCGCGGCAGCGGCCGAUCAGGCGAAGCGACGCCGAGGACGCGGCGCAAGAGGACCGCCCAACCGCACAAAGCUAGAGAGCCAGACCAAGGACCAUGGGCACGCGCGCCGAGGACGCGGCGAUGUACGCCAAGUCCCGGAAGGUCACGUCAGGCCUGAACAGUGCCAUCCGGAACCUCGAAAAGAGAAUCAAGGACAUCGACGAGAUCUCCGGCGAGCUGGGCUACGACAUGGCCUACGAGAAGUUGUUACAACAGCCCGAGUUCGCCGACGAGGCCCAAGCUAGGAUCGACGCCGAAAAGCAGAAGAUGCAGCGUAUUAGGGAUGUGCGACGGAGGAAGGCCGAGGCCUACCGGAAGAAGAAGGACGCCGAGGAGGCGGCGAAGAAGCCUGCUCCUAAGGUGAGAAAGAAGAAGAAACGUAGGAUGAUUGGUGCGGCUGGUAGUGGAGCUGUGGCUUCGAGAAAACUGAAGGAGCGGAGCGAGGACGCGGCUCAGCUUGUGCUUGGUAUGGAGAAUAGCAAUGCGGAGCCCUUGGAGGCGCCGGCACCCAUUGAAGUGCCCUCAUCUCCCAUCAAUGUUGACGACCCCCUCACGCAAGCCUUUUUUAGUGGAGAACCUCCUGUCCCAAAGAGAAGGCCGAAGAUGGCCCAACCAAAAAAGACGCACUACGACCGGACGCGAAGACCUAGAUCUGCGGCAUUCAGGAUAAUUGCCAACGACAACCCGUUCAGUAAUGUGGACGAGCUGUUCGCGGCGGAGGCCGAGCGGCAAAAGCAGCAGUCGGACAAGAUGAAAAGAUUGGCGAGCCCGUGGGGCAUUCUGGAUAGCGAUCCGCGAGCGGGCCGACCUUCCUCGGCACCGCAUCAUCGACCGAAGCCUCUACCGUUGGCGACGCUAGGCAAAGGAGCUUCUGAAGUUGUGGAAACUCUUAGGGCAGUGGUAGAAUUCCGGAGGAAGACCAAGAAGUACGGCCCCGUGCUUGUGAGUGUCGGUAGAAAAGACUCGCCUCGUAGAAGGACCUAUGACGACUUGCACGCGCAAGCGCCGGCACCCGCACGAGGCCGACCACGACGGCGGAAGAGCGCUCCGGCCACGCCAGAACGACCGCAGACCGCCUCGCAAAAAAGGCUGCAGGAACGCUUCGACUCCCUGUCAAGGCCCAAGUCCGCUCCUGCCCAGAGAUCGCCCUCACCUUCAUCAAAAUAUGCGCCCUGGGACAAUUCAUCGGGAUGGGACACCAUACUGAGAAGACCAGUAUCGCCACCACCGCACCAGGCCCCAAAUCCCGAGGGCUGGUGCCCGAACGACAAGGCCUUUGUCCACGUCACUCAUGAGGUGACCAUGCUCGGUGGGAGGAAACCUUUGAGACAUCCGGUGUGGAUCCGCGUGAAGAUCACGGAGGUGCGCGAGUCGGUGAAUGAGGUGGACGAGCGCGUCGUCCCGCGGGGCAUGCUCAUCCUCACCUGUCGCACACAACGUUCUAGGAAGUUAGAAUUACCGAAGGAGUACUGGCGGCCCUUCGACAUCGACGCUCGACGCGUCGUUCGGAAAGUACCUUCCGAGUUAAUUGAUACGGGGAAACGGCCGCCGUACCGGGGCAAGCCAAUACCUCGAGUGCAGCCCGUCGGCCCCGGCGAGCCAAUUCCGGAGCCGUCGGAAUCAGAACCCGAGCCCGAGCCCGAGCCCGAGCCCGUGAAGAAGCCGGGCAUGCUCUCGAAGAUGGGCCAAUCGGCUCGUAGCCUCUCCCCGGUGAACGCCGCCGCCGCGACGCACUCCGCGGGCAAGGCGGCCGCUUCAUCAGCAGUGUCCGCCGCGAAGAGCGUGCACGGCGGCAUGAAGAGCAUGCACGGCGGCCUGAAGAAAGGAUUAGGGAGCAUGGGGUCUUCCAUGCGGAACCUCGGGGGGAGUAUGAGUCCCCCCAAGAUGCCGUCGUUCAAACGGCCGUCUUCGCCCUUCGGGCGCAAAUCACCUACGCCCGUCGAGGAGGCUCCUUCGGAAGAGCCAGAGGUCAACGAGCGGACCGUGGUGUUUAGUCCGGAGCCGGAGGCGGCGCCGGCGCCGGAGCCGGAACCUGAAGUGGCGCCAGAACCCGCGGCGGAACCCGCCAUCCCGGAGACGGACGAGACGCACCUCGCGGCCGCCAAGCUCCAGGCCUCCGUGCGCGGCCGCAACGCCCGCAAGAAGACGAAGCGGCGGAAGGGUCCCCGAGAUUCCGCCGCGAUCCGCCAGGAGAUCGCGGAGCUUGACGAAGAGGGUUUUCGCGAGGACGCGGCGCGCAACGCGCAAGCCGCGAAAAUCCAGGCGCGCAUCCGCGGGCGCAAGGCGCGCCGCGAGGCGGCUCCAAAACGUGCAGCUUUGCAGCGGGCCCGGGCCGACGCGCGGGCGCUCGCCGAUAAAGUGGCUGCCUUGGAGGCGGAAAACGCGCGCCUGCGCCGGGCGGCGUCGCCGGAACCCGCGAAGACGCCGAAUACGGAGGACGACUGGGAACAGUGCGUCGACGAGGCGACCGGCCACACGUACUACUAUAGCUCGAGCCGCGACGCUUCGCGGUGGGAAGUUCCGUCGGCGUGGAAGGAGGGCGGCCCCAAGGACGACUGGGAGCAGUGCGUCACCGACGAGGGCCACACGUACUAUUUUUCCGCCUCUAGGAACGCCAGCGUAUGGGACGCGCCGCGCGCCGCGAAGACCCCGUCGGACAAGCGCACGCCGCGCCGCUGGACGCCGUCGACCCAGAAACGGCCGACGCCGGCGCCGCGGUCGCCGGGCACGCAGCUCUUCGCCGUCCCAGAAGCGGUCACGCCGUCGGACGACUACGAGUCCGAAGCAUUCGACGACUACGAAACGCCGAGUAAAUGAAGUAUAGACAA